CCCAGGCCCGAGGCCGGCGCGGCUGGGGACUCCUCCGCCUCCCGGCGGCUCCAUUGGCGCCGCCCGCAUUGGUGGGCUCGAUUGGCUGCCCAGCUGGCAUUGACGUCCCUGGGAGCCCGGGCAGCCGGAGGUAAACAGCCAUGUGCGGUCCUCCACGCUAUAUUUAACUGCUGCCUGGACAAGGCAGAGAGGCGGGAGCGGUGGCGGCUCUGGGGGCGGCUCUGGGGGCGGCCCUUGCCUUGCGGAGGCCCUCGCAGCCGGCCUGGCACCGACCCUCCCAGUGCCAGCGCCGCCAUGCCAGGCUCCCAGACCCGGGCCCGGGCCCGGGAUCGCAACAAUGUCCUCAACCGGGCAGAGUUCCUGUCCCUGAACCAGCCCCCCAAGGGGGUCCCGGAGCCACGGAGCUCAGCUAGGAAGGCCUCAGGUCCCUCGGCACAGCCCCCACCCCCCGGCGACGGCGCCCGGGAGCGGCGCCAGUCUCAGCAGCUGCCCGAGGAGGACUGCAUGCAGCUGAACCCCUCCUUCAAGGGCAUCGCCUUCAACUCCCUGCUGGCCAUCGACAUCUGCAUGUCCAAGCGGCUGGGGGUGUGUGCUGGCCGGGCCGCGUCCUGGGCCAGCGCGCGCUCCAUGGUCAAGCUCAUUGGCAUCACGGGCCACGGCAUCCCCUGGAUCGGGGGCACCAUCCUCUGCCUGGUGAAGAGCAGCACGCUGGCUGGCCAGGAGGUGCUCAUGAACCUGCUUCUGGCCCUGCUCCUGGACAUCAUGACGGUGGCCGGCGUGCAGAAGCUCAUCAAGCGGCGCGGCCCGUUCGAGACGAGCCCCAGCCUGCUGGACUACCUCACCAUGGACGUCUACGCCUUCCCCGCGGGGCACGCGAGCCGCGCGGCCAUGGUGUCCAAGUUCUUCCUCAGCCACCUGGUGCUGGCGGUGCCCCUGCGCGUCCUGCUGGUGCUCUGGGCCUUCUGCGUGGGGCUGUCACGAGUGAUGAUCGGGCGCCACCACAUCACGGACGUCGUGUCGGGCUUCAUCAUCGGCUACCUCCAGUUCCGCCUGGUGGAGCUGGUCUGGAUGUCCUCCAACACCUGCCAGAUGCUCAUCUCCGCCUGGUGAGCCCGCCCCGGCCCCGGGAGCGGCGAGCGGCGAGGCCCCCUCGGGGUGGACUGUGCGGCUCGAGCUCCUCCGCUCCCUCUGGGCUGGAGGCUGGGGGCCGCGUGCGGGCCCACCGGUGGCCGGCAUGCCUGGUUGCACCACUGCCCCUGCUCUUGUGCCAAGGCCCAGCGUGGGGACAGCCCUGCUUGGCUUCUGCGCUGCAGGUAACAGGUGAGACCCAUGACGGCAGGAGAGGGGCCGAGUCUCGUCUUGUCCUUUCAUCAUCGUGACUGCUGAGUUCUUGGCUGUGCCCGCCGUGCCACAGUAUAAUGCCUGGCAAAAUACCCCAACCUUACCACCCAACACAGGUGCCAUUAUCGGUCAUCGAUAGCUUAGGACAGCACCUUCCAAAGGUGCCCCACUGGACACCAGCCCGGGAAGAACAAGGGUUUUGUGGUCAAAUACACUUGGGAAAUGCUGCAUCCUCUGCCCCACGUUGGACAUUGACAGGGGUUGUUACUGGCAUAAAGGCUCUGACAAGUCCUGCAGAAAAGCUCCCUGCGGAACCUUGUGUACCAUGUUUCCUAAGCUUAUUUGACCACAGAACCCUUUUCUCGUGGAAUAGCUAUUAACCCCUACGAAACUGCCAUUUCCUCAAGCUCAUUUUGGGAGAUGCUGUCCAGGAGCCGAAGGGCCUGAGGUGUAAGUUGGCCUCUCCCAGCGCCGACCAGUGCCACCGCCUGUGGAGAGCCCACAGCCUGUGGGCAUCAGUGCCACUUUGGCCCUCAGGGGCCGGACUCCAUGUGACCUAAUAGGUCGUUUCCAAGUCAACUGUUAUGUAUGUGCAUUUCAUGUGACAAUACAGAUGAUAUGCAAGGGGA